CUUUCCGUCCCCAUGAAGGUGAUGAUUUCUGUCCGUUUUUUGUUCUUCACAGAACUGGAUCGCCUAUAACACACUACCAGCAGACAUGAUGGCUGAACAACGAGUUAUAACUUUUCCUAACGACAACAUGCCUCUUUACAAAGACAACUUUGCCUUUUGCCAGGUCAUGACAUUUGAUGGAAACUACACCUCAGUUCCUACAGUUCUGAUUAGUGCUGCUCAUUGGACGACUGGUAUUAGUGCAAUGCCAUGGCAUAAYAGCAUCGCCCCUUGGAUCGAGUACAUCACRACCAAAACCUGUCGGAUGUGCAUCAAAGAACUACACGUUCCUCAUGGUUUCGAUCCCGUCACAGUCACAGCACUGAUCCUAGGACGGCUACAAURAGCAUGAGCAGAAAUAACGAAAUGAAAGAACCACUUUAAAGUCAAUAAAGAUUGUAAUUAAGUGAUUAUCCUCAAUUAUUAUUAAUAAACAUUAGAGAU